AUGGCCUCUGAACCCGCCCCAGCUGCGUCGUCGAGAGCGUCUGUGAGCAGGACGCACACCAGCGACUAUCUUCCAGACGAAAUGGAUCUCGGAAACGCAAAGCAUCUCAUCGUCGUCUCCAAUCGACUCCCCGUCACCAUCUCAAAGGAUGCAAAGGGCGAAUACCACUUUAAAAUGUCCUCGGGUGGUCUUGUAUCUGCCCUCUCUGGCCUCAAGAGAUCCAUUCAGUUCACCUGGAUUGGCUGGACGGGCUUUUUCAUCCCCCACAAGGACCGCCCCAUCGUCGACAAGCGACUGAUGGAAGAGUACUCGUGCUUGGCCGUCUAUCUCGACGACGACGUCGCAGACAAGCACUACAACGGCUUUUCCAAUUCCAUCCUCUGGCCCCUUUUCCACUAUCACCCCGGAGAAAUGAACUUUGACGAGAGCCACUGGCUCGCUUACCGUCAGGCAAACCUGACAUUUGCAGAGGCCGUCAUGAGUCAAGUUCGCAAGGGAAGCAUGGUUUGGGUACAAGAUUACCACUUGAUGCUCCUCCCUCUCUUCCUCCGCGCCAUGGUCGAUGGUCCAGAGAGCCUCGGCGAAGCUACGGCAAGCGAGGUCGAGCGCCUUCAACGAGGACUCGUUCGUGGAACCGACGUGCCAGAAAAGGAGCAUUGUCAGGAAAUCAAGAUUGGCUUUUUCCUCCACACUCCUUUCCCCAGUAGCGAAAUCUACCGCAUUCUCCCUGUUCGACGUGAGAUCCUUCUCGGAACAAUCCAGUGCGACCUCGUCGGAUUCCACACCUAUGACUAUGCGCGCCACUUCCUCUCUUCGUGCACGCGCAUCUUGUCACUGCCUACAAUGCCAAACGGCGUCCAACUCCCUACGGGUGCAUACUGCCAAGUCGGCACAUUCCCGAUCGGCAUCGACCCCGAAAGCUUUGUCAAGGGUCCCGAAACUCCCGCCGUGUCCAAACGCAUCAAAGAACUCGAACAACGCUUCCAAGGUGUCAAACUCAUCGUCGGUGUCGAUCGUCUUGAUUAUAUCAAGGGUGUCCCCCAAAAGAUGUCGGCCCUCGAACUCUUCCUCGAACAACACCCAGAGUGGGUUGGCAAAGUCGUCUUGAUCCAGCUCGCUGUACCGUCUCGAGGAGAUGUCGAAGAGUAUCAAAACUUGCGCGCGACGUCGUUGCCCUUUACCGAACUUUGCGCGCUCUAUGCCGUCAGUGACGUGUGCUUGGUGACUAGUACCCGUGAUGGUAUGAACUUGGUUUCGUACGAGUUUAUCGCGACGCAGCAAGAACGCCAGGGCGUAAUGAUCAUCUCCGAAUUCGCCGGUGCUGCUCAGAGCUUGAACGGGAGUAUCGUCGUCAACCCAUGGGACAGUCAACAGGUUGCAGAUGCCAUUUUCGAGGCAGUGACCAUGCCACAAGAGGUACGAGCGGAGAACCAUAGCAAGUUGUUCAAGUACGUCGAAAAGUAUUCGGCAAUGUACUGGGGCAACACGUUUGUGGGCGAACUCGGUCGACUAAAGGCUGGUGGAGCAAACGUGCCACAAAUCGCACUCAUACCCAACCCGAAUAUCGACUCGCGCAUCCUCGAAAACGACGGCGUCGAGCUCAAGCACGGGGCUGUCGGUGCAUCUAAAUCUUCUGCAAGUGUCAAGAAACCCGCGACUGGCUAUACUGGUGAUCAACGUCCCUAUGAUGUUCAACCUCUUCCGAAACCAUUCAACCUCCCCGAACGACCUCCUCCACCAAAGUCCACUACUCGUCAACAUCAACAGUCGCAGAAAGAUACAGAAAAGGUUCAAUCCAAGAAGGAUACACCUCCACCGCCAAAACGUCUCCUUCGACCCGGUCCAGCUCUUCUCACCUCGCUCUUCGUCGUCGGUCUCGUUGUCAGCUUCCAAUGGUCGGCACCUUAUAUUCACCAUCUCCUAGACCCCAUCCUUUCCAGAUUCUAA